CCGAGGCGGCGGCGGCGGCGGCGGCGGAGGAAGGCGGCUGCGGCUCGGCCCGGAGUCCGGCUCCCGCGCCAUUUCGGACCCGGAGCGAGCGCGGCGCGGGCCUGAAGGCGGCGGCGGGAGCCUGAGGCGCGGCGGCUCCGCGGCGCGGAGAGAGAGGCCUGCUGAAAAUGACUGAGUAUAAACUCGUGGUAGUUGGAGCUGGUGGCGUAGGCAAGAGUGCCUUGACGAUACAGCUAAUUCAGAAUCACUUUGUGGAUGAAUAUGAUCCUACGAUAGAGGACUCCUACAGGAAACAAGUAGUAAUUGAUGGAGAAACCUGUCUCUUGGACAUUCUCGACACAGCAGGUCAAGAGGAGUACAGUGCAAUGAGGGACCAGUACAUGAGGACUGGGGAGGGCUUUCUUUGUGUAUUUGCCAUAAAUAAUACUAAAUCAUUUGAAGAUAUUCACCAUUAUAGAGAACAAAUUAAAAGAGUAAAAGACUCUGAAGAUGUGCCUAUGGUCCUAGUAGGGAAUAAAUGUGAUUUGCCUUCUAGAACAGUAGACACAAAACAGGCUCAGGACUUAGCAAGAAGUUACGGGAUUCCAUUUAUUGAAACCUCAGCAAAGACAAGACAGAGAGUGGAGGAUGCUUUUUAUACAUUGGUGAGAGAGAUCCGACAGUACAGAUUGAAAAAAAUCAGCAAAGAAGAAAAGACUCCUGGCUGUGUGAAAAUUAAAAAAUGCAUUGUAAUGUAAUCUGGGUGUUGAUGAUGCCUUCUAUACAUUAGUCCGAGAAAUUCGAAAACAUAAAGAAAAGAUGAGCAAAGAUGGUAAAAAGAAGAAAAAGAAGUCAAAGACAAAGUGUGUAAUUAUGUAAAUACAAUUUGUACUUUUUUCUUAAGGCAUACUUAAGUAAAAGUGAUAAUUUUUGUACAUUACACUAAAUUAUUAGCAUUUGUUUUAGCAUUACCUAAUUUUUUUUUCUGUUCGUGCAAGCUGUCAGCUCUUAUCUUCAAUGCUUAUUUUUAAAUGACAGUGGAAACCUCUUUUCUCUAAGUGCCAGUAUUCCCUGGGUUUUGGACUUAAACUAGCAAUGCCUGUGGAAGAGACUAAAGACCUGAGACUCUGUCUUGGGGUUUGGUGCAUGUAGUUGAUUCCGUGCUAAUUCUCUUACCAGUUGUGAGCAUUGUGUGAACCCUAGUAAUGAAGCUUUUGAACCAUCCCUGCUGUUUCAUCUAGUCAUCCAGUGAACUAAUUAGUAAUUACAGCUUCAUUUGAGACCUUAUGGUUGGUUCUACUAAGACUGAGGAAUCACAGAUUUAUGGGCUUCCCUUUGAUUCACCUCUAGCAAGUCCUAGAGUUUAUCAUCCUUCAUAAGUGUAGUUAGUUAGACUGUUCAGAGACUUUCUCUAGCUUUCCACUGCUAUUAGUCAUGGUCACUCUCCAGAAUAGUAUAUUUUUUCUAGAAAAGGGGAAAAAUGGGGGGGGAAAGCUAAUGGAAAAUAGUGAAUAAAAGUCCAUUCCAUGUUGGGUAAAUUACUGUAAGAUUUCUAAUCGUUUUUCCUGGUAAGGCAGAUCCACUAAGAAAUAGUAACCAUUUGAGCCAUAUUUCCAUGCUACUAAAUUUUUGUAAUAAUUCAAUUUUAACAUAUAUAUAAGAGUUCUCAUAAGAAUUAGUAUAACCCCCUGUGUCAGAGUGUUCUUAGCUUAACUCUUGAGUCUUUUGAACUUAUGUCCUUGAAAGUAGUUUUAAUUCUGGUUGAGAAACUGAAGAUGAUUUGAGACAGUUACGGGUUAGAAGGUGCUAAGAUCAAAGGCUGGGCCUUCCAAGACCCUGCGAUGAGUGUUACCGGGAUUAAGUGCUGCCACAUUCAGUGCUGGUCAAAAUGGGGAACAGGAGAGUUUGGACAGCUCAGUACAGUGUAUUCUCACCAUGUAGCAAUUCUGCUGCAAAGCAGUAUUUCUUUGUUUGUAAUAAUAACAAUUUAAGUAAAUCUCAAUGCUAGAUUCAAGGUUGAGAUUUUGGGGUAGGAGGCUACAAGGAGAGUAAAUCUUCAAAACAAUGAUGUAUAAAAGUUUGAAAAUGCAUGUUGACUAGUCUCUCAACUCUGAUCAAACAUUUCUAAGUAUUCCCCAAACCUGAUAUGUAUUUAGAAAUAUCUAAUGCUUUAAGAAUAGAUAAGUUAACAGCAAAAACAAUCCCUUCAAUGCACUAAUGCAUUCCUUGAAUUACCUGAAGUAAUUAAAGUCCACUGGACUAUGAAGACUGGAUGUCUGUCUUUUGGAAGUCUGACUUUAGCGUAUCACUGUCUACUUGAUGUGAAAUCAUCUCAGAGACUCUUCUGAGUUGUGCAGUUAGUUUACAGUCUGUUUACACACCGCUGCACCAGGUGGUCACUCUCAGCACAAUCUGUAACGUUUCACAUGGACUGUCAUCUUCACACCAGUCUUGGGCAAAAUUGUGCAAGAGGUCAAGUUUGUAUUUCAGUGCCCAUUCUCCAGUUGCAGGACUCCCUUCCGUUAUGUGCCCUGUCUUAGUGUAGUUUUUUUAAUUCUCCCCACCCCCACUUCAAGUAUCAUUUUUGCAAUGAACAACUACAUGAAAGUUGCCCACUAAGGAAAGUACAGCAAAGCUGCCUAUGACUUUCGUCCCCAGGGCUUAAAAUAAUCCAACAGGAGCCAUAGUGGGAGCUGAACUGAUAGCUGGUGUUCAGGUGGGCAUAGCAGGAUUUGAAUUAAUAGCUGGUGUUCAGGAGCCACUACAGAAUUUAAUCUUGAUCCUUUGGACUUCAUGCCUGCAGCCCAGUCCACGGUUGGCUAAGGGAUGUUCAAAUCUAGUGUGAACAGAGAGAGCAGUGUCUGUGGAAGGACAGCUUAGUCUUCAUCUAGGUACCAUCCUGGUUAGUGAUGGAUGCCAUUGUGUUAAUAAAUACAGUCUAGCAAUGAAAAACACUCUUAAAGUCAGAGUUUAUUUACUCAGCAUUUAUUCAGUGCUUGUCUUAAUGCUAGGCACCACACAAGGCACUGGAGAUGUGAUGUGGUAUCCCCAGAGAAAAGGGACGCAGUCUUUGCUGGUGGUGUGCAAUGUGGUCGCUAAGACUUUAGACAGAAUAGAAUGCGUGGCUUUGCAGAGAGGGGUUUGGUCUCUUGCAGUUUUCCCUCAAUUCAGCAAGAAUUGUUUGGUGUGAUUCCAAUGCAACUCUUUAUUCAAGCUACUUAAUAUAAUUAUUUCAUUUUUCUAAAGGAAUAGACAUUCCCUAAUCUAGUUUUCUCCUUAUGUAAAUAGUUUUUAAAAACUUGUAAAAAUUAAAUACCAACUUCUAAUAUAGUUUUAUUUGGCUACAAAUAAACAGGAACCUGAGUUUAUUUGCAAGAAAGGAAACAAAAUCAGAAUGAUUUCUGAAAUGUUCUAAACUCUGCAUAUUCCUAGGACAGUCUAUCCGUGGAUGUUAAGUCCUUUGGGUGGGGGACGGGGGGGGGUCAUCUAAGGACAGGGUUUCUCUGUAGUCCUGGCUGUCCUGGAACUCACUCUGUAGACCUCGAGCUCAGAGAGAUCCACCUGUCUCUGCCUCCUGAGUGCUGGGACUAAAGCAACCACCACCCAGAUAGUAAAUCUUAACACAAUUAGUGAUACUUUUGUUUCUAUACGGAGGGGCAGGUGGACUUUAGGAGCUGCACUGCACAAUCAGAUAGUACUGAAGACAGUUCAGUCUUUAAUGUUUUUGGGCAUGGUUAAAGGAAUGAUAAUUACCAUUAUGUAUGUAGUUCUGAAUUGUUAUCCUUUUGUUGACAAAAAGGUUUUGUAGAGAUUUUUUUUUUAAGGGGAAGAAGUCCUAGCAACAAACAAAUGUUAUGUAGUUACUAUAGCCUUAAAUCCUGAAGUUGAACACCAGUGCUUAAUCACAGUGAUAGGCAUUACCAUGAUCGUGGGAAGAAUGUAGCAGCAAAUACCAUUUGAUUAAUAUUUCAAUCAGGAAUUCUAGGCUCUGUUGACUGAGUCACACUGCAUAGGAAUUUAGAUCCUAACUUUCAUAGGCUAUUAAGACCUUUGCCACCAUUGCACAAUUUUGUCUUAAGUUCUGUGAGGCAUGUCAUAAGUUACAGUUUGCACAAAUUCAUCUCAUUUUGUAUUCCACUGAUUUUCCACUAAGUACAUAUUUAGGAGGGAUUUUUUUUUGUGUAGGCAAUAAAAAUUUAAACUUCAUUUGUUAAAAAGUAGUGAUCUUUUGAUGAUUGUGUAGUCAUUUUCUUAAGACCCAAAAGUUACUUUAAAGUUGAAUUUAUUCUUAAUAACUUCUGUGUAAUACUGGGUAGCAUGAGUUCUGCACUGAAAAACUGAACAGAUACACCCAGUAACUGUAAAAUUCUGUCAAAUAUGAAAAUUAUUUCUAAAGUACAUUAGUUUUCAAAGAAUAGUUAUUAAUUAGAUUCAGAUUUGUGGUUUAGUUUAAUAGUAUGAAGUGCCUGUUUGGGAUGGUAGGCAUUUUAGAUGAAUUUGGGAAAAAUGAAGUGCUCUGCAGAAAUGUCAGUUUUAGACCCAGCCACCUCAACCAGCUAAGUGGGCUGUGUGCUGAUUUGUGUCCAGGUCCCCAACUCCACUGUCUGUGUCUUUGCUUCUGCAUUUUUAUUUGAGUGCCAAUUUCUUACUAGUGCUAUUUCUUAAUGUACCAUGUUUACCUGGAAUGUAUCUGAACUACUUUUGUAUAGUGUGAACUGAAACAUGCACAUUUUGUACAUUGUGCUUCUCCAUGUUUUUCUUUCUUCUUUUCGUGUGCGGGCAUAUGCAGUGUGAUCCAGUUGUUCUCCAUCCUUUGGUUGUGCUGACCUAGGGAAUGUUGGUCAUGUCAAACAUUAAAUUUAAAAAUGACCACUCUUUUAAUUAAAAUUAACUUUUAAAUGUUUAUAGGAGUAUGUGCUGUGAAGUGAUCUGAAAUUUGUAAUAUUUUUGUCAUGAACUGUACUGCUCCUAAUCAUUGUAAUGUAAUAAAAAUAGUUAUGGUGACUA